AAAAGAUAUAUCUGCGACCCUUGUUUCGGACAAGUGGUUAACGUUUAGCUUUCACAUUCCACGACUCAGUCUUGCCUCUUUCUUGUUUAGGAUUAGAUCCCAGGAAUUGUGAUUAUGAGGUGUCUGAAUUGGUUGCAGGCUGGACAAAGAAAGGCGUAGCACAAAGUGAAGAACCUCAGAAGAAUAGUUUUGAAUGGAGAAAAGAGUAAAAUGUAUGGAAGAAACGAACCUAGGAAAGGGAUGUGUGAUUGAUUUGUAACAAUUUCUUUGGACACUGUUUCGUACUUUGUUACCUGGUAAAUCUGAUUCGUUCUUAUUCCGUCCAAUGGUCAAUUAAAUUCAGCACCAUUCCAUAUCAUAGUUUGAUUGUAGAUUCAAAGUUCAAUGUCUGACACCGUCUUCUUGCCCCAUGAAAUCCUUACGGAAAUCCUUCGCAGACUUCUGCCGAAGACCCUUCUCAGAUUCACCACCGUCUGCAAAUCAUGGCGCUCCCUCAUCACUCACCCAUCCUUUAUCUCUCUCCACCACCGUCACUCCCCCUCCUUUCUCCACCUUCAGUUCAGCAACCGCUUCAUCCUCCCCCACCGCCACCACCACCCCUCCACCACCCUCCGCCUCCCCUCCUUCCCCCACCACGAUUACCACGUCGUUUCCUUCUGCAACGGCCUCGUUUGCGUCGCCUACGGUGAGCAAUGCCAAUCUAUCAUCGUCUGCAACCCAUGUAUUCGACGAUUUGUCACCCUCCCCACACCCCUUCACUACCCUUGCUACUACACUUCCAACGUUGCCUUAGGCUUUGAUUCCAGUCAAUGUGAUUACAAGGUGGUCAGAAUUUCUUGCAUGGUGGAUGAUGAAAGGUUCGGCCUUUCUGCUCCCGAGGUUGAGGUUUUCUCUCUCGCAACUGGGUCUUGGAGGACCCUUGAUCAUGACAUUACUCCUGUAUGCUAUGUUGCUGGAGAUACUCCCCCUGGGUUUCACGAUGGGCUUGUUCACUGGGUUGCCAAACGCUACGUGGCUGGUGGUUGGUACAAUUUUGUUUUGUCCUUUCACUUUGAGGGUGAGAUUUUUGGUGAAGUUAUGCUGCCAGAGAGCUUGGCUCGUACCUCUUGGGUUAUGAUUAAGGUUAUUGGAGGUGGCAAUGAGAAGAGUCUUACUGUGUACGCUGUGGAUGGGGGUUCUCCAUGCUCUUGUAACAUUUGGGUGAUGAAAGAAUAUGGUGAGGUGGAAUCUUGGAAUAAGGCCUUUUCUUUUCUUAUGAGCGGAUUUUGCUUGGAAGUACCGUCUCUGGGAAUGAUGCUCACCGACGUGGAAAUUCCACCGAUGGAAUUGUGUGUUACGUGCAGUGGAGAGGUGUUGCUGCUAGUGGAUGUGGCAGGAAGGAGAUGCCUGUAUUCGCUGGACAUAAAGAACAAAAGUUUUACGGACCUUCAAAUUGAAAUAGGCGCAAGAUUACUCUGGUUUAAUAUUGGUUCUGUUUAUCACCUACAUUGCACAGCAGCUGAAUCAGACAGGAGAAAAGUUCUUGGUGGAAGCAGCUUGUCCUCAUCGAUUUGAGAACAUUGAACAAUAGCUUUAAUGUUAAACUCGUCAUAAUCCUACAUUUCAUCAGACAACAUUCGCAGCCGGAGACUUGUGUGAAUUCAGAUGAUGGUGAGAUCUUUGUUGCUAUGGGUUGCUUUGACCUUGAAUUUCAAAUAGAUGCCAUUGCUUUACGACGAUCAACAUUUCUUCGUUCUUUCCAUUAAGUUUUGUUGUACAAAAAAAAAUCUGUAAAAUCGGGGAUCUUUACAUUUUAAUUCAAAGCGGGAGAGGAUGAGAAUGUGUUUAGUUAUAUCAUACUCAUUCCUAUAUUAAAAAAUUUAUUCCUAUCCCUAUAUUCAAAUUAAAUUCA